AUGCCGGAACCUCUGCUCCGAGAUGAUGGCAUUGAAUUUGAGCAUGGACCACAGGGUCCCCAGACCUACCAAGAUUUGUUCACGUGGCCGGCUUUUUUUGUGGAUGCUAUCUUGCAAAAGGACAAUGAGGACCCUGACCUUGGCAUUGGCGUGAACAUGGUGAAUAAAUUUCAUAGUGGGCUUCAUGUUGUGACGGAUUACAGUGGGGUUGGUAGUCCGGAGGUUGCUUGCCACUUCAUCCACAAAGCUUUGCAAAAUAGAGCCGGCAGCGGCUAUCACAUCCCACCCCCGUGCUUUGUUAGAGCCAGUGAUAGCGAUCCGGAUUGCAGAGCCGUUUUGCUUUCGCAUGAAGGUGAGAGUGCGCCUGGGUGUGUCAUGGGUGACUUGUUGGAACGUUGCCCACCUCUCUUGCUGCAAGAGUGGAAAGCGUCGUGGCUCCACUAUCGCAAGGAAGCCCAGCUUGACUUGGCACCUGAUGAGCGCGUUGGCUCAUCUCAGCUAUUGAAAAGCUUGGUGAAAGAAAAGGGUCAUGAAUUCCUUUUUGAAGCACUGCGCGCCAUGCAACAGCCAGACCACGCCCACCUGGUUUCACCUGUGUGGUGCCACAAGCGCCAGAAAGCUUGUUGUGUGAAAGGGUCUGGUGACAAGCCUCGUGGCACUAUUGAACUUGCCGUUGGGGGGGUGACCUGCGUCGACUGGUCCAACAUGGGUAUUCGCCAAGGUUGGCUUGGAGCAUCAAGUAUUGCUUUCCUUGAAUGGAUCAGAGAAAGGAGGAUCUUCAGAGAAGAUCUUCUACUUGUGGAAUGCGUGGAGCCCUUCGACCACGAGGUUCUGGAUCAUCUUUUGCCCGGAUAUGGUUUCUUCAUGGUAACAUUGGGGCCAGAUGAUUUUGGGGUGCCGGCUACACGGAAGAGGAAGUAUAUGGCUCUUGUCAAUCUUGAGACAUGCGCUUGGCACCCUGAUCUUAGGAAUCCAGUAGAAGCUUUUCGAGAGAUGUUUUGCUGCCCUGUUGUGGUUGAUGCCAGCCAAUUCUGCAAUGCUCCUGAGUGCAUGGUUGAUGACCACAUGAAGGCUUGGGCAACAAAACAGGGCUUCCCUGAAACCACUCCGAAUGGAAAGCCCUGGAAAGCGAAGCAACUUAUGCGGGGUGCUGAGCGGCAAAGUAUCAGAGAGUGGGAAGACAAAGUCAGAAAGAUUUGUGGACUACAGCCAGGAAAGCUCACUACGUCUUUCAUGAAUGUGACUCAAUCUGUGGCACGGUCUCCUCAUGCUCCAUUUUGCCCUGCUUUGAUGACCCGUUCACGGAUUUGGUCCAUGAAGGCACAGCGUCACAUGCUGGUGGCAGAGAUGUUCCAAGUGCAAGGGUUCAACAUUUUUGAACUGGGGGUUGGCUACGUGUGCCCUUUCAAAGACAUGGUGCUGGGGGACGCUAUUCCGGAAACUUGUUUGAGAAGGAUGUGCGGCAAUGGCAUGUCAAUGCAUUGCAUAGGUGCAUGCAUUUGCUUCCUCCUGGCCUGUGUUGACUUCAUCCCCCUGAACCAGCUUGCCGGGCAAUUGGAAGUCAAAGAAGAGCCCAAGGAUUCUGAUGAAGAUGCUGAGCGAGUGCGGUUGCCCAAACGCCGCAGGCCCGCUAGCUCAAGUUUCAACUAG